AUGGAUGUGAAGAAGAGUGAGAAUCAAACUAGUUUGAUUUUUGUCAUCAAUGGUGAAAAGUUUGAGCUAUCCAAAGUGGAACCAUCAAUCACUUUGCUUGAGUUCUUGCGCACUCAAACUCGAUUCAAGAGUGUCAAACUCGCUUGCGGUGAAGGUGGUUGUGGUGCUUGUGUUGUUUUAAUCUCUAAAUAUGAUCCUUUACUCGAUAGAGUCGAAGAUUUUACCGCGAACUCUUGCCUCACGCUACUUUGUAGCAUACAUGGAUGUUCAAUAACAACAAGUGAAGGUAUUGGAAAUAGCAAACAAGGAUUCCAUCCUAUUCAUCAAAGAUUCGCAGGAUUCCAUGCUUCUCAGUGUGGCUUUUGUACUCCUGGAAUGUCUGUUUCCCUCUUCGGCGCUCUUGUCAAUGCUGACAAGAGAAAUUCUCCAGAGCCACAAGCUGGAUUUUCAAAAAUCAAUGUUUCUGAGGCUGAGAAGUCUAUUGCAGGUAACCUUUGUCGAUGCACUGGUUACCGACCGAUUGCUGAUGCAUGCAAAAGUUUUGCAGCUGAUGUUGAUAUGGAAGAUCUCGGGUUGAACUCUUUCUGGAGAAAAGGAGAGAGCAAGGACUUGAAGCUUAGUAAAUUGCCUCGAUAUGAUCCCGAUCACAGAAGCAUCAAAUUUCCUAUGUUUUUGAAGGAUGUCAAACAUGACUUGUUCUUAGCUUCUGAUAAACAACGUUGGCACAAACCCUCUAGUUUAAAAGAGCUUCAGAGUUUAAUGAAAUUAAACAAUGCCAAUGAAACCAAGGUAAAAAUUGUUGUUAGUAACACUGGCAUGGGAUAUUACAAAGAUAAACAUGGCUAUGAUAAGUAUAUUGAUCUAAGUGGAAUUUCUGGGCUUUCAAAGAUCAAAAAGGAUCGAUCCGGGAUUGAAAUUGGAGCAGCAGUGACAAUAUCUAAAGCCAUUGCAGUACUAAAGGAAGAAAGCAAGAGUGACUUUAUCUCAGAUUUUCAAAUGAUACUUGAAAAGAUUGCUGAUCAUAUGAACAAAGUUGCGACGGGGUUUAUUCGGAAUACAGCAAGUGUAGGUGGAAAUUUGGUGAUGGCGCAAAAGAAUCGUUUUCCUUCGGAUAUCGCUACCAUACUUCUAGCUGCGGAUUCAAUGGUUCACAUAUUGACCGGCGAAAAAUAUGAAUGGCUUGCAUUGGAGGAGUUUCUGAAGAGACCGCCGUUAGGUUUAGAAAGUGUACUAUUAAGCAUUAAGAUUCCAAGUUUAGAACUCAUUAAAAGUGAAUCUUCGGAACCAAGAAAUAGAUUUAUCUUUGAAACUUACCGAGCCUCUCCUCGACCGCUUGGAAAUGCGCUUUCCUACUUAAAUGCUGCUUUCCUUGUUCAGGUGACACCAUGCAAGGAUAGCGAUGGAACCAUGAUACAGACUUGUAGGUUGUCUUUCGGCGGUCUUGUGAAUAAGCAUGCAUUUCGAGCUGAAAAUGUUGAGGAUUUUUUAGUAGGAAAGUUGUUAAGUGUUAGAAACCUGUAUGAUGCAAUCAACUUGCUUACAGCUACUGCCACUGCUAUUAUACCUCAAGAUGAAACCACAAAAAAUGAUUACCUGUCAAGUUUGGCAGUCGGUUUUCUUUUUCAGUUCUUUAACAAACUCAUUGACAGUCUUUCAGGAAUAAACAAUGGUAAUUUAAAUGGACAUAUUUAUUUGCCUUCAGUCAAGGCUUCUGAUAUAAAAGAAAAUCAGAAGCAGGCUCAGCAUAACAUGGUUCCUACUUUAUUGUCGUCGGGUAAGCAAAUCCUUGAAGCAGAUAGUGAGUAUAGUUCAAUUGGCAAGCCAGUCGUAAAAUCUGGUGCUGCGAUACAAGCUUCAGGUGAGGCCGUGUUUGUGGAUGACAUUCCAUCACCACCAAAUUGCCUACAUGGAGCAUAUAUUUAUAGUGAGAAACCAUUGGCAAGGAUAACAAGCAUAAAACUCAGGCAAGAAUCGGAACAUGAUGGAGUCAGAGACAUCCUUUCAAGUAAAGACAUUCCCAAUGGUGGGGAGAACCUUGGGAUGAAGACUGUAUUUGGUGCAGAACCUUUAUUUGCUGAAGAGAUUGCUAGAUGUGUUGGCGAACGUCUUGCCUUUGUUGUUGCAGAUACUCAAAAACUUGCAGAUUUGGCUGCAAAUUCAGCUUUGGUUGAUUACAGUAUUGAAAAUCUUGAACCACCUAUCCUAUGUGUUGAAGAUGCUGUUGAAAGAUCUAGUUUUUUUGAAGUUCCUCCAUUUUUACUUCCAAAAAAUCAAGUUGGUGAUGUAUCAAAAGGAAUGGCUGAAGCAGAUCACAAGAUUCUUUCUGUCGAGAUGAAACUUGGAUCUCAAUACUAUUUCUAUAUGGAGACGCAAACCGCGCUCGCUGUACCAGAUGAAGACAAUUGCUUUACUGUUUACUGUUCAAGUCAAAGCCCUGAGUUUGUACAUUCUACUAUAGCCAGAUGCCUUGGUAUUCCUGAAAAUAAUGUUAGAGUAAUUACAAGAAGAGUUGGAGGAGGCUUCGGAGGAAAGGGCGUAAAAUCUGUAGCGGGUGCUGUAUCUUGUGCACUUGCAGCGCACAAAUUACAGCGACCGGUGAGGAUAUAUCUAAAUCGAAAGACAGAUAUGAUAAUGGUUGGAGGAAGGCAUCCAAUGAAGAUAACAUACAGUGUAGGGUUUAAGAAUAACGGGAAGAUUACUGCAUUACACCUUGAGAUAUUGGUCAACGCCGGGGCUUACUCCGAUGUUAGCGUGAUAAUUCCACGCAACAUAUCUGCCACGCUUAGAAAGUAUGACUGGGGUGCUCUCCAUUUGGAUGUAAAAUUAUGCAAAACAAAUCAUCCUAGUAGAUCUGCAAUGAGGGCCCCCGGGGAUUUACAAGGAUCGUUCAUCGCAGAAGGUAUAAUAGAAAAAGUUGCAGCUACACUUUCAAUGGAAGCAGAUUCUGUCAGAAGCAUCAAUCUUCACACAUACACAAGUCUUACGGAAUUCUAUGAGGACUGUCAUGGCGAACCUCUUGAAUAUACCAUGCCUUUAAUAUGGCACAAGAUAGGUGUUUCUGCAAACUAUGAACUGAGAGUAGACAAAGUGAAAGAGUUUAACAGUGUUAACACUUGGAAGAAAAGGGGAAUAUCUCGUGUUCCCGUGGUGUAUGAGCUGAACCUAAGACCAACUCCGGGAAAAGUUAGUAUUUUAUCGGACGGUUCAGUUGUUGUUGAAGUUGGAGGAAUUGAACUGGGUCAGGGUUUAUGGACAAAGGUGAAACAAAUGGCUGCGUUCGCGCUCGGUACAAUUCAAUGCGAUGGAAGUGAAAGUCUCUUGGAUAAAGUAAGGGUUGUGCAAGCUGAUACAUUGAGCAUGAUUCAAGGGGGAUUAACUGCUGGUAGCACUACAUCAGAGGCAAGUUGUGAAGCUAUUAGGCUUAGCUGCAAUAUCUUGGUUGAAAGACUAAAACCUAUCAAGAAAACGCUUCAAGAGAAAAUGAGUUCUAUCAAGUGGGAGGAUCUUAUUCUUCAGGCAUCCAUGCAAGCUGUGAAUUUAUCAGCAUCUUCAUAUUAUGUACCUAGUAAUAGUUCCAAGAGUUACCUCAAUUAUGGUGCGGCAGUUAGUGAGGUGGAAAUAGAUCUUUUGACAGGUGAAACAAGAUUACUGCAAACAGAUAUUAUUUAUGACUGUGGACAAAGUCUCAACCCUGCCGUGGAUUUAGGACAGAUUGAAGGAUCUUUCAUACAAGGGUUAGGCUUUUUUAUGCUUGAAGAAUAUGAAACAAAUGUUGAGGGUUUGGUGUUGGCAGAUGGCACAUGGAACUACAAAAUCCCAACAAUAGACACAAUUCCUCAACAGUUUAAUGUUGAAAUCCUCAACAGUGAGCAUAACCAACAUAGAGUUCUCUCUUCAAAGGCAUCUGGUGAGCCACCCUUGCUUCUGGCAGCUUCAGUUCACUGUGCCACAAGAGCAGCCGUCAAAGAAGCCAGGAAACAGCUUCAUUCAUGGAGCAACUUAGAUGAAUCAGAUUCAACAUUUCAAUUGGGGGUCCCUGCAACCAUGCCUGUGGUAAAGGAACUCAGUGGACUAGACAUUGUAGAAAGGUACUUGAAAUGGAAAAUGGAGACCAAGUAA